AUGCUGUUGACCUUGUUCCGCCGCCUCUUCGGCCGGGAGAGGAGCACCCUCCCGCCGUUUGACUUCGCGAGCAACCGCUUCCACAUGCGCAAGAAAUGGCCGCCCAACUUCGACGAGCUGACGAAGAAGCAACAAUUCCGAUUCGAGCGCAAGUUCAAGCGCCGUAUCAAGGACAAGGCCAUACGACCCGAGUGGAACCGGAAAGUCACCAUUGUGAUAUGGAGCUUGAUCAGCUUCGUCCUCGUCUACGGCGUCCUCUUCCACGACUUUGCCAAAGACCCGUGGAACCCGAAGCCAGGCGAACAGCCGUUCAUUGGCCUAAGGACUUGGAUGUGGAACAAACUGGGAAACUUUUAUACACAUACCGAAGAAACUAUGAAGGGUGGGGGAAGAGGCUCCCGAAGGCAGGAACCUCUACCUUUGGAACCUCAGGUGACGGCGAGCGAGCGCGAGCGCGUUGAGGACCAGAGGGGUUGA